CUUCCUGCCCACCGGUGCAAUGGCCGCCGCCACCACGAGUUGUCACCGCGUCGCGCUCGGCGGUUUGGCCAUCGGGGCCGCGGCGCGAUGGCGGCGGCGGCUGCUGCUACCGGACGGCUGCGUGCUGCGGCUGGCGCCCGCCCGCGGGGCCGCGGCGGCGGAGCCCGGGCCCUGCCGGACGGUGACGGUGGAGGUGGGGGGCAGAAAGAUGGAACUGUCUUCUGGAAAACUUGCUAGGUUUGCUGAUGGAUCUGCUGUUGUUCAGCUAGGUGACACAGCAGUAAUGGUCACAGCAGUCAGUAAAACUAAGCCUUCUGCAUCUCAGUUUAUGCCAUUAGUGGUUGACUACCGUCAGAAAGCUGCUGCAGCAGGAAGAAUUCCUACAAACUAUCUAAGAAGAGAACUUGGUUCCACUGAUAAAGAAAUUCUUACGAGCAGAGUAAUAGAUCGGUCGAUCAGACCACUCUUUCCAGUAGGCUACUUUUAUGAUACACAGAUCCUUUGUAAUCUUUUAGCAGUAGAUGGCAUCAAUGAUCCUGAUGUUCUGGCAAUUAAUGGAGCUUCUGCAGCACUUGCAUUAUCUGAUAUCCCGUGGAAUGGUCCUAUUGGUGCAGUAAGGGUAGGACUGGUUGAUGGAGAAACCAUUAUCAAUCCAACUCGAAAACAGAUGUCUUCUAGUGCUUUAAAUUUAGUUAUUGCUGGAGCUCCACAAAAUCAAGUUGUUAUGUUGGAAGCAAGUGCCGAGAAUAUAUUGCAACAAGAAUUCUGUCAUGCCAUCAAAGUAGGGGUGAAGCAUACCCAGCAAAUAAUUCAGGGAAUUCAACAACUAGUGAAAGAACAAGGUGUUGUCAAGAGAACUGUUCAGAAGUUAUUUGUUGCUCCUGAAGAGAUUGUGGAAUGCGCAAAGAAACUUGCUUUUAACAAGAUCUAUGCAGUGUUCACAGAUUCCAGCCAUGAUAAAAUUUCUAGAGAUGAAGCAAUUAACAAGAUAAGGCUUGAAACAGAAGAACAGCUGAAAGAAAUAUUUCCAGAGGCUGAGCCUUAUGAAAUCAUAGAAUCUUUCAAUAUGGUUUCAAAGGAUAUUUUUAGAAAUCUUGUUCUGAAUGAAUAUAGAAGGUGUGAUGGGAGAGAUUUGACUUCCCUCAGAGAUAUUAAAUGUGAAGUGAACAUGUUUAAAAUGCUUCAUGGAUCAGCGUUAUUUCAGAGAGGUCAAACACAGGUUCUCUGUACAGUUACGUUUGACUCUCUAGAAUCAAGUGUAAAAUCAGACCUUAUCUCAACAGCAGUGAGUGGAAUAAAAGAUAAAAACUUCAUGCUGCAUUAUGAGUUUCCUCCUUAUGCAACUAAUGAGAUUGGCAAAGUUACUGGUAUGAACAGAAGAGAACUUGGACAUGGUGCACUGGCAGAAAGAGCUCUGAAACCAAUUAUUCCCCAGGAUUUCCCAUUCACAAUACGAGUUACUUCUGAAGUCUUAGAGUCAAAUGGGUCUUCUUCAAUGGCUUCUGCAUGUGGUGGAAGUUUGGCAUUAAUGGAUGCAGGAGUUCCAGUAUCAAGUGCAGUGGCGGGUGUAGCAAUAGGUCUCAUUACCAAAUGCAGUCUGGAAAAAGGAGAUAUUGAGGACUAUCGCUUGCUGACAGACAUCCUGGGAAUUGAAGAUUACUAUGGUGAUAUGGAUUUCAAGAUGGCAGGUACUAAUAAAGGAAUAACUGCCUUGCAGGCUGAUCUAAAACUGCCAGGAAUACCAGUAAAAAUUGUAAUGGAAGCUAUUCAGCAAGCUACAGCUGCAAAGAGGGAGAUUUUACAAAUUAUGAACCAAACGCUGGCAAAACCCAGACCUAACAGAAAAGAAAGUGGACCAGUUGUAGAAACUAUCCAUGUUCCAUUAUCGAAAAGGUUAAGAUUCGUUGGUCCUGGGGCCUAUAAUCUGAAAAAACUUCAAGCACAGACCGGUGUAACUGUAAGUCAGCUGGAUGAAGAGACUUAUUCUGUGUUUGCCCCCACACCUAGUGCUAUGCAUGAAGCAAGAGAAUUUAUCCGUGAAAUCUGCAAAGAUGAUCAGGAAGUUAAUUUGGAAUUUGGUGCAGUUUAUACAGCCACGAUAACUGAAAUAAGAGAUUCUGGAGUGAUGGUAAAAUUGUAUCCAAACAUGACACCAGUGUUACUUCAUAAUUCACAACUUGAUCAAAGAAAGAUUAAACAUCCUAGUGCCUUGGGAUUAGAAGUUGGACAAGAAAUUCAGGUUAAAUACUUUGGACGUGAUCCAACUGAUGGUAGAAUGAGGCUUUCACGUAAAAUUCUACAGUCACCAGCCACAACUGUGCUUAAAACCCUAACUGACAAAAACAGUAUUGUCCUGGGAGGUACUGUUCCCCAGUCCUCUGCUUCAUCCCAGUGACAGGAAAAAAGGCGUGAUAGUUCAUGGAAAUACAACCAACCUUUGCUAAGAUCUGUAGAUGUCUACACAAGAAUCUGCAGGUCAAUGGUAGUGAAUCAUGUUUUUAAAAUAGACACUAUGGUUAAAGGUGAUGUAGAACUUCAAAGUCUUCGAAUUGAUUAAAAACUCAUUUAAAAGAAAACCAGAAACAACCAGUGCUCUUAUCUUGUAUAGCAAGGGUGAGAAUCUAAGAACAUGGAAUUGGAUAGACUGAAGAGCAGACUACAUUUCAGUGCUUAAGGUUCUUCUCGUUGUCAUCUCAAAAUAAAAAUGCAAAGAUGAGAAGGAAGUAUUUAACAAUUAUUUUCUGACAGAAGGAAUUCUCCUGUAUACUUGGUUGAUGAGCUAUGACCGUAGUUGAGAGGCACAGUUGGCCAGUUUUACUGGAUUUUCAGUGUACAAGAUUGAAAUGUUGAGCAAAACAUAACUCAAGACUUAGAAGUAUCACCUUUAACAUGAUUGACACUGUUUCAGAUAAAUGUAUCAGUAACUGUCGUAGGGUUCAGACUUGCUAAAAUAUCUGAGCAGAAGGGGGACAAAACUACCUGGCUGAAACAUCAUCCUUUGUUACCUGGGUUCAUUAACACUGAAUUUUAAAAUAUAUAAUGAAAACAUUAAGAUUAAAAUAAUUGUUUUGGAAUAAACAAUUGAUGUGAUAAAUCGUCCCCCUAAAACCUCCUUGUUAAGAGUGUCACAAUUUCUCUAUUGACUAUGUUCCAUCAAUGGAUUCACUGGUCUUUUAGACUUCAAAACAUUUCCCAGAGGCUCAUAAGAACAACUUGUUUUUCUACUGUGAGGUACAGACUUUCAAAAUCAAAGAGGUGUCCCUUCUGAUGUUCACCAAUUUGUAGAUAGACCUAAUAAGAAAAUCAGCUUCCCACCUGGUGGCAAGUGGGCUCUGGACCUCCUGAAAGAAAAAAAAAAAAACAACAACACUGGGGAGAGGAGAAAUGUGAAUAUGCAGUAAAAAUUUUGCUGCGUUCUGCCUUUUUUUUAUUAUUCUAAGUUAAAAUAUUAAAGAAGAAAAAAAUGAUUGGCCGCUGCCUUUAUCGUUGUCUGUCUGUCUGUCAUCAUGUAAGACUGAAAAAGUUUUCCCUAGCAAUCCUGGACAGUGUUAAUGAAAUAAUGUAGAAAAAUGUUAAAAUACCUGAACAGAAGCUGAAAUGUUUCCUUUUCUCAUAACUGUUCUCAGAAAUUGCCCUCUGCAAUCUAAGUGGUUUUCCAAGGUUUAGCUGCUUUUAUUGUAGAAAAACUUCUGUAAGGCUCCUCUUGGUAGAACAGAUGGAUGUUCUAGUUACUGAAAUACUACAUAAAAUACUAACUUUAGAAGUAUUUUUUUUUUUUAGUUUGCACAUUACCAGUAGCAUGCUUGCAUCUGAAUCUGAAAAUCAAUGAUUUAUGAGCCAAAAGAAUCCCGUUCUUUCCUGUAAAAGUAUUUUCUUGCCUGCAGUAACAGGAGUAUCAAUGAUUUGUGUGAUAGGUCAUGAUGUCGGUAAAUCAACUGUUGGAGUGCUGGGGGGUUUUCUGUUUGUUAGGUGAUAAAGUAGGAAAAAGAUUUUUUUUUUUUUAUGUACCUGUGACAGAACCUGUACAGUCAGCCUGACUUUCUGCACUUGUAACAAGUUUUAGACCCUAUGGGAAGGGGUGGAAAAAAAUAUGCUUGGGAACUGUCUGGGAAGAGCACAAACCAGCUGCUCUUACCUGAGGAGAGAAAUGCGAUGGGAUCCAAGAACUGAGUAAGUGUGUGUCAGUCUGAACCUUCCUGGAGGGAAAGCAGGCUGGCUUCAGACAUCCCAGGUUCACCUGAGAGGCGUCAGUAGUAGCAGGUUGGACCGUGGCAGGAGGCACUUGACUCUCAGGUGAUAUCAGCUAUGAUCAGAGAGCAUGUAGGUUAAUAGUGCUUGAGAGCGCAAACUCAGGCCUAUUGCAGUAGCUGUUUUUUCAUGUUUGAAAUAGUGAUUUUUGUCUCUACUGCCCUAGAUAAUUAGCAUCUGUAAUGACCCAUCUUAAAUGGAGCCAUCAAAAGGAAUUGCUUUGGAAAGUGAAGCUGGGCAGUUGCAGCAUUACAGCAGGUCAAGAGGGCCAGAAAUGCAUUUAUUUGACCAAAACUGAAAUUUUCACACAGGUGCAAAGCAUCAGGAGCUGGGUAUCUUUAAAGGCUGGCAAUAAAUACUACAAGUACUAUAAAAAAAGCAUAAGAGCUGGCCUAAUUGUACUUCUGGGAUUACAUGCCAGAGGGAAUAAUACAGUCUCUUAAUUUCACUACAAGAAAUUUUAAGUGAUUUAGGAAUGAGUUGUCUGUCUUGCUUCUGAAAACAACAAAAAAGAUUAGAGCUCCCUGCUGCUCCAUGUUGUGACACUUGAUGACUUGCUCUGUCUGCAGCCUACCCUGACAAAAUUCUUUGUUUUGAUGAAGAACAGAGAACUCUACCUAAGAGCUAUAGCUUUUUCUCUUUGUGAUAAUGGGGAGAGAUGAGCUACUGGCAGGUGCAGUGCCACAAUGAAAAAGUGCUGCUUUGCUUUCUCUGAAUCUUACAAUGCAGAGAUUCAGAUGUAUUGCUUUCCUGGUCUUGUAUUUACCCUGGUUUUAAGUCAGAUAUGUAAGAGCUGUUGGGGCAAGUCUUGCAUAUCUUCUUCAGGCAAAGUCCCCCAGAAUUGACUUGCUUUUUAUUGGUAUAGAUGGCAAGAUCAUGCUGUGGUUUCUAACACCCCAGGCUGUGGAGUCCUGGAUGCUGUUCUGGGCAAAAAGGAGCCCCGCAUCCGAGGAAAUGCAAUCUGGGUGUGUUCUGGAGUGGCAUUUUUCCACAGAGGUCAUUGAUUUCAUGCCUGGAGAGGUCAUGGAUUUAUUUCACGGCUUAAGCAGAGAAACGGUUUUUCAUGCCAGUUCUAGCUCAUGUAUCUCCUAUUCCUUCUGUAGCUGUUCACCAUGACAGAUGAGAAUUUGGUCCAGAAUAUUCUGCUGUGGUUUCUUGCUGUUCUGCAUAUCUGGAGAAGUAUUGCAUUUAAUCUUGAGUAGGAGAGGCCAUACUUAAUUUUACGCACUUCAUUUGAAGAGGUAAAGAGCAUGCGUAGAAGUUCUUGCAGAGUGGAGAGAGAGUUUGCAAGUGGCAGAUGUCCUGAAGCAGCAAUACGCUGUGGCCAUUGGGGUUUGUGUUUCUUUUCAUGUGUUUUCUUUUUACUGAGCUUUCACUGAGGCAGAAAUAUGCCUGACAUGUAAAACCUUGAGGGGAUCAGGCCAUGUAAUGCGGAAAAGGCCACCAAUGUGUAGUGGGGAAGGCUUGUGUAGAACCCAGCUGUAAACUGUUUAAUCUGACUUUCAAACCAUGGUUGCUGAAACCACUAAUACAACAUGGCGUUUUGUACAGUUACUGACUUACUUAUCCAUAAUGAUACGAUGCACGUAUCCUAAAGUAUGUUCCUAUACUGUAUACAGCUAAAGAUGAGUUUAGAUGAUAGUUUUCAGAGGUGUAUCUUACACUUGUCAUCUUUUGCAAAGAAAACUCAUGAUUGUGUGUGUUCCAUGGCCCCUGUUAACGAUGAAAAUAAGGGCUUGACUGAGCUUGAAUCCUGGAUCUACAGAA